AUGCGGCUGUGGAAGGCAGUGGUGGUGACCCUGGCCUUCAUGAGUGUAGAUGUCGGCAUGACCACAGCCAUCUAUGUCUUCAGCCACCUGGACCGCAGUCUGCUAGAGGACAUCCGCCACUUCAAUAUCUUUGAUUCGGUGCUGGACCUCUGGGCAGCCUGCCUGUACCGCAGCUGCCUGCUGCUGGGGGCCACCAUCGGUGUGGCCAAGAACAGUGCCCUGGGUCCCCGGCGGCUGCGGGCCUCGUGGGUCAUCAUCACCCUCGUGUGUCUCUUUGUGGGCAUCUACGCCAUGGUGAAGCUGCUGCUCUUUUCCGAGGUACGCAGGCCCAUCCGGGACCCAUGGUUCUGGGCCCUCUUUGUGUGGACGUACAUCUCUCUUGCCACCUCCUUCCUGCUUUGGUGGCUGCUGUCCACGGUGCAGCCAGACUCCGAGGCCCUUGAGCCAGCAGCAGGGUCUGAGGCCUUCCCGGGGGAGGGCCAGUGCCUACCUGAGCAGGCAUCUGGGGCCACACUGCAGAAACUGCUCUCCUACACCAAGCCCGACAUGGCCUUCCUCGUGGCUGCCUCCUUCUUCCUCAUCGUGGCCGCUCUGGGAGAGACCUUCCUGCCCUACUACACAGGCCGGGCCAUUGACGGCAUCAUCAUCCAGAAGAGCAUGGAUCAGUUCAGCACGGCUGUCAUUGUCGUGUGUCUGCUGGCCAUUGGCAGCUCAUUUGCCGCAGGUAUUCGGGGCGGCAUUUUUACCCUCAUAUUUGCCAGACUGAACAUUCGCCUUCGAAACUGUCUCUUCCGCUCACUGGUGUCUCAGGAAACGAGCUUCUUCGACGAAAAUCGCACAGGAGACCUCAUCUCCCGCCUCACCUCGGACACCACCAUGGUCAGCGACCUAGUCUCCCAGAACAUCAACAUCUUCCUGCGGAACACAGUCAAGGUCACAGGCGUGGUGGUCUUCAUGUUCAGCCUCUCGUGGCAGCUCUCCUUGGUCACCUUUAUGGGCUUCCCCAUCAUCAUGAUGGUGUCUAACAUCUAUGGCAAGUACUACAAGAGGCUUUCUAAAGAGGUCCAGAAUGCCCUGGCUAGAGCCAGCAACACAGCUGAGGAGACCAUCAGCGCCAUGAAGACUGUCCGGAGCUUUGCCAACGAGGAGGAAGAGGCGGAGGUGUACUCGCGGAAGCUGCAGCAGGUCUACAAACUGAACAGGAAGGAGGCGGCAGCCUACAUGUACUAUGUCUGGGGCAGCGGGCUCACUCUGCUGGUGGUCCAGGUCAGCAUCCUGUACUACGGGGGCCAUCUUGUCAUCUCGGGGCAGAUGACCAGUGGCAACCUCAUCGCCUUCAUUAUCUACGAGUUUGUCCUGGGAGACUGCAUGGAGUCUGUGGGCUCCGUCUACAGUGGCCUGAUGCAGGGAGUGGGAGCAGCCGAGAAGGUAUUCGAGUUCAUUGACCGGCAGCCAACCAUGGUGCAUGAUGGGAACUUGGCCCCCGACCACCUGGAGGGCCGGGUGGACUUUGAGAAUGUGACCUUCACCUACCGCACUCGACCUCACACUCAAGUCCUGCAGAAUGUCUCCUUUAGCCUGUCACCAGGCAAGGUGACGGCACUCGUGGGGCCCUCAGGCAGUGGGAAGAGUUCCUGUGUCAACAUCCUGGAGAACUUCUACCCGCUGGAGGGGGGCCGCGUGCUGCUGGACGGCAAGCCCAUCAGCGCCUACGACCACAAGUACCUGCACCGAGUGAUCUCCCUGGUGAGCCAGGAGCCCGUGCUGUUUGCCCGCUCCAUCACAGACAACAUCUCCUACGGCCUGCCCACCGUGCCCUUCGAGAUGGUGGUGGAAGCUGCGCAGAAGGCCAAUGCCCAUGGCUUCAUCAUGGAGCUGCAGGAUGGCUACAGCACAGAGACGGGGGAGAAGGGUGCCCAGCUGUCAGGCGGCCAGAAGCAGAGGGUGGCCAUGGCCCGGGCUUUGGUACGGAACCCACCCGUCCUCAUCCUGGAUGAAGCCACCAGUGCUCUGGAUGCAGAGAGCGAGUACCUGGUGACUGGGCUACUGUCUCCGCAGAUCCAGCAGGCCAUCCACGGCAGCCUGCAGAAGCACACGGUGCUCAUCAUCGCGCACCGGCUGAGCACCGUGGAGCGGGCACACCUCAUCGUGGUGCUGGACAAAGGCCGCGUGGUGCAGCAGGGCUCGCACCAACAGCUGCUGGCCCAGGGCGGCCUCUACGCCAAGCUGGUGCAGCGGCAGAUGCUGGGGCUCGAGCCCACCGUGGACUACACAGCCGGCCACAAGGAGCCUCCAGACAGCGGCAGUCACAUGGCCUGACAUCGAACCUGCCUUUCUGGUGGGGCAGAGGCCCCAGUGCCUGCCCAGCAGAUGUGCCUGUGGGGGCCCCAACAGCCCCCAGCUGCCCUCCGAGCCCAGGCCUGCAGCACUGGAGGGCGACCUGCCACAUCCCACAUUUCGCCGCUUCCUGCAUCUUGUCCCCGGUCCCACCCUGCUCCCCUGGGCCCCAGCAGCCCCACGCUGCCAUGAGCUGCCCCCUCCACUGGUCUCCCCAGGCUCCCAAGAAAAGGUAGAGCUACCUUUUUAAGCCAAGAUCUUACCAGGUUUUUUAUUGCUUGGUUCGAUGCACCCCAGUCAACUCCUACAUUUCAAAAACAUUUUUCUAAUUGGGAGUAAUGGUGCGCAAGUUCACCAAGAUGUUCUAGAAACUUCUGAGCCAGGAGUGAAUGGCCCUUCCUAAUAGCCUGGUGGAUAUCAGGAGUGAACUAGGCUCCACCCCUUGCUGCAGAGAAGGGACUUCCCUGUCGGAGGGGUGCACAGAGGACAGCACUUCAUGUCUUUCCCUCUUCCAGGCUCUGUGAGUCAGGCUAAGAGCUGGCAGGCGGGGAGAGUGGAAGGCAUCUGUGCCCAUCCACUCCGUCCUGCCAAUCUAGGUCAGUCUCACUGUGAACCACUACGAACCUCAAUGGGGGAGUGAGGGGCUGGCCAGGACUGACAGGGCCUCAGAGGUGACCCUGGCCUGGCUCCCAGAGCUUUAGCCCCGUCGGCCCCGCCUCCCCACUCCCCCUGGCUAGCAGCCCCCUCCCCCACACCCACCUCUGCUGCUCUAUUGUUUGGAGGCCCCUGAAUGUUUGCGAGACGCUUUCUCUUCCCAGUUUGGUGGAUGGGAUGCUGGCAAAGCCCAGGGUUUGGCUUUGCUGGGGAUUGCGAGAUGUUGGGAGAACCUGGUCA